AUGAAAACUACACUCGUUUAUUCAUUAUCCACAUUAUUAUUUGCUAUAUUAAUACUAUUGUUAUGGAAUUAUGCAAUAAUAACAGUGGGAAGAGAUGGUGAUAAAACAAUAUUACAAAAUCGACAACGAGCAAAAUUAGUACAUGAGAAUGAUCCAAAUUCACCUUACAGAGCGUUAGAAGUAUUAGAUGAACUGAAGAGUACACCAGAAGAAGCAGUACAAACAUUAGCUGAUAUACCAGAUUUAGCUGUACAACGCUAUGGUGAGCGUGAAACAAUGGGUGUACGAGAAACAAUUGAUGUUGAAGAUGAAACACAGCCAAAUGGAAAAAUAUUUAAAAAAUUUAUACUUGGUGAAUAUAAAUUUACGACGUACACUAUAUUACAUGAACGUAUCUUAGCUAUUGGUCGUGGUCUAUUAACAUUGGGUGCACAACCUGUAAAAGAUAAAAUUUUAAUAUUUAGUGAAACGCGUUCAGAAUGGUUACUGACAGCUUUUGCUGCAUUUCGACAUGGUUUAACUGUAGUUACAUUGUAUUCAACGUUAGGUGAUGAUGCUGUACGGCAUGGUAUCAGUGAAUCAGAAGUUGAAAUUAUUGUAACAUCAAAUGAUUUAAUACCAAAAUUAGAGAACAUCCUUAAAAUGACUCCAAAAGUACGGCACGUUAUAUUUUUUCCUGGUCAUACAAAAACUAGUCAAGCAAAUCCUAAAAAUAACGACAAUUUAAAAUAUUAUCGUUUACAAGAAUUAGAAGACAAAGGCAGACAGACACAAAUUGGUAAUCAUGAACUAUUGAAAAAACGUCCAACAAAAGAUGAUAUUGCUGUUAUUAUGUACACAAGUGGUAGUACUGGUACACCUAAAGGUGUUUUAUUAACACAUGAAAAUGUCUUAGCUGCAAUGACCGGUCAAAAAGAACGUGUUUUUCCAAUGGUUGAUUUAAAGAAUGAUAUUUAUAUUGCAUAUUUACCAUUAGCACAUAUUUUAGAAUUAUCUUGUGAACUAUUAAUCUAUUAUAGUGGUUUAAAAUGUGGUUAUAGUUCACCGCAAACAUUAACAGAUCAAUCAACAGGUAUAAAACGUGGACAAAAGGGUGAUUUACAAGUGUUACGACCACAUUUAAUGUCUGUUGUACCGGCAAUAUUAGAUCGUAUACACAAAGCGGUGAAUAUAAAAAUAAAUCAAGCAAAUUUUAUUCAACGUUAUUUAUUUCAUUUAUCAUAUAACAUUAAAGUAAAACGUUUAGAACACGGUUUACAAUCAUCAUAUUUAGACAGAUUCAUAUUUCAUCGUUUUAAUCAAUUAAUUUUGGGUGGACGUAUGAAAAAUAUACUCUGUGGUGGUGCUCUGUUAUCUGAAGAGACACAACGUUUUAUAGAAACAGCACUUAGUGUAACACUAUUUCAAGGUUAUGGUUUAACAGAAACAUGUGCUGCUGGAACAAUUGCUGAUCGCUAUGAUAUAUCAAUUGGUCGUACUGGUUAUCCGUUAAUAUCAACUGAAUUACGUUUACAAAAUUGGGAUGAAGGACAAUAUCGUAAUACGGAUAGACCGAAUCCACGUGGUGAAAUUAUAUUAGGCGGUAAAAUGGUUUCAGUAGGGUACUAUGGUGAUGCAGUAGAGAAAACAGAUCAUGAUAAUUUUAGAAUAAUUAAUGGUACAAGAUAUUUCGCUACUGGUGAUAUUGGCGAAGUGUAUCCAGAUGGAACCGUUAAAAUUAUAGGUAUGUGCAACUUUAGUCAACUCUAGCCACACUAAUAAAAUGAUAGAAGAAAACGCUUCUGAAAUGGUUUUAAAUGAAGAGAUUUUUAAUUUUUUUAAUUGCUCUUCAUUUUUUCAUCUGUCAAACUAAAUGUAUCUCUUUUUCAGACUUACACCAUUGUUUCGUUUCUCGUUACGUCUUUCUGCAAAAGUUGUAGCACUCUGGCAAAAUAUCCAGAUCUCGAUCUACAGCCCUACACCAUAGUGCAGAGGUCGAAAGCUACGUUUGACUUAGUGGAUAGUUUGCAAAGCAAGUAAAAAGGAUGCCGGAGCCCGGAGAGGGUCUUAGGAGAGAUGGUAGCAAUGGCAAGAGAUUUACGUUUUAACUAUCAUUCAUUUUUUGGGUGCUUCCACACUGGUAGGGUUCCCGAUCAGGGAGCGGGGCAUGGGGAGCCAUCCCCCUUGAAAAAAAUUUUGGACUUUCUCGCAAAAUUUUCGACGCUUUUCCACCAGCAACUUUUUGCCAAAAAGUUCGAAAACUUUUUUUCGUCAGCCAUUUUCUGCGAAGCAAGAUUUUAAGGCCCACCCCUCCCUAAGAACAAUCGGAAACCCUGCACGUAAGUCUGCCCACUUUAUACAGAGCAUCUUGCCGCGAAAAUUUCACUUUUCGCAUCGUGUAGAACAUCAAAAAUAAUCUAAAAGUCUCGCUUAUCCUUUUUUACAAAACGUGUGGAAAGUGGUUUUCUAGACACGUAAAGUUUUAUGUGAGGGUGAAACCGAAAUUGGUGAAAAUGAGCGAAAAAUUGCAUCAUUACACGUCAGAUUGUAGCUUUUGACGAGCUGAUUCUAAUGAUGAAGGAAUUCUGGCUCCAUCUAACUUUACGUUCGAGUGGUACUCAGUUUAUCGGAAAAAUUCCUGAAGUUUGACCUCCAUUUUCUCCUAAACGCUCCGAAAAUUUUUCGAGAUUUUUUCAGAAUAGGAACUACUUAGUAGGAUCUAUAACUUUGCCCAUACAACUAUCCUCGACACUUUCCAUUUUUCACCUUCAGUUUUCCAGAAGAUCCGUUAAAACCUUACUUCAUGCAAAGAAAAUUGAGCUAUUAUGACUAUAUUCCUGUUCGGCAUGAAGAAUUCAAUGUACUUCAACGUUUUCUGAGGCUUCUUUGUGUUUCCGUACCACAGUUUUCUAAGAGGAUUUCUGGAAAACUGAGGGUGGAAAGUGUCAAGCUUAGUUGUAUGGGCAAAGUUAUAGAUCCUACUAAGUAGUUCCUAUU